AUGUCCCAAGAUGUUCAGGUAACAGGAAGUAUACUCAAAGAUGGAUCAAGUACAGUUUCUGAACAACUACAAGUUGUAAGUGGUGUAAGUAAAACUCUGACAUGUGAAACAAAUGUAAGCAAACCAGCAGCUACAAUAGUAUGGUAUAUUGGAACACAAGAAAAACAAAGAUCAACCUCUACAGCCCUAACAUUCAACCCACAGAACAACGAUCAUAAUAAACAAGUUUACUGUAAAGCGUUUAACACACAACCUGAGAGUCAAGCUGUCACUUCAUACAAAUCAACACUCUUUGUACAAGAACGGGCAACAGUAAAAUCGUUCUACAUUGGUCAAAAUGACAGUCAAACAGUAGCUACCUUUGAAGAACACGAUGUGAACAUUCCUCUUACUUGUGUUGUUAGUGGAAUGCCUGCCUCCGAAAUUUAUGUUAGUUUCAAGGGGGGUAUUAUUGCAAGAGGGUCUAACACAAAUAAGCUACAAUACAAUUUUGGAAAGAUUGCUUGCGCUAAAAGUGGCGUAUAUAUCUGCAAAGGCUUUGAUAUUUUCGGGAUGUUUACAAGCAGAACGGUUGAAUUGUUUGUGGAGUGUUCACCAAGACCAAUACGACAAGUCCUUCACAACAUAACCAGUCAGAUUGGUUCAUCAAUAUUACUUACCUUCAAAGUGAUAGCAUAUCCUGAACCGGGACCUAAAGGCUUUAAAUGGUUCAUUGAAGACAGGCUUAAUUGGAUUUCUUUAUUAAGUAACAAAGAUUUUCAAAUUUCAUCGUCUGGUUUGGAGACUAAUUUAACAAUCUCAAACGCAUCUCGGGAGCAUUAUGGAAAAUAUCGUGUUACUGCUGUAAACAAAAUUGGCUCAUAUGACCAGAUAUUUUUUCUUUCAGAAAAAGAUUCCAGAUCUAACUCGUGCAUGAGUACAAUAAAGACGAGUUAUACAAUGUCAAUAGCUCUCGGAGCUGUAUGCGUAGUUGUGGUAGUCUACGCAACAUGCUUGACCAUUCUGUACAAGAGGAAAAUUCAAAAGAAAGGUACAUCAUCACACCUGGAUGGAAACAAUACGAACGACAACAUAGUUAAUCUUUCCGACAUUACAGUGGUACGACAAAAUGAAGAAGAGACAUCAGUUAUUGAAAAAGAAUCAGAUAAGCAAUAUACAGAACUGACAAGUUAUUCAAACGAUAAUACAGCGUAUGAACUCUUACAAAAUUAGAAAGUAUUUGUGAGAUUGCAGCACGUGCAUUAUAGUGUAUGGUUUAUUAAUUGUUGUAUGGUUUAUUAAUUGUUGUAGACAGAUGUUAGUUUGCGUGUAAUAGAGAUGAUUAUUUUUAAGUCUUAUUUACAAAUGUACUAAUAAGAACAUUGAUUUAGCAAUGGAUUUUGUAGUCAUAACCUGAUACUUUAUGUGCCCUUUAAGUUAAAAAAGCAAUCAUAUAAUGAUUAUUAUGGAUCUGUAGUAAAAUUAUGUUUUAUUUAAACACAAAACUAUGCACAGGUUUUAAUUUUAAAAGAAAGUAAUAAAUUAGAAUAAAUAAAUAAAUGAAUGAAUAAAUAAAUAAAUAAACAAAUAAAGGAAUGUCUAUGGAAUAGACCCUAUUAUAAUCAACUUCUGUGACAGUUACAGCCUGUAGAGUUUAAAUCUCUGUUGUAUUUUUUUAUGUUUUUAUUUUAUGUUUGUGUUUUUGUAUAUUGUAAGCUGCUUAUUUCUUUUCUAUUUCAUUCGCCAUGGAAACUUAGUUUCAUUAUUUUAUUGAUAUGAAUAAUCUUAUAGUUGUUUGCAGCUUUUUGUUUAUAGUUGUUGGAUAUUCGUAAAGCCAUUUUACUUUAUAUCAUUUUGUAAAGCUUGCGUAGGAUUUGUUCAUGUGAAGCUAUUACUGUGUUUGAUAUUGUUAUGGGUGAUUAACACAGAUAAAUGAAAUCAGACGUUAGGGUUGCUGUUGCUGAGUCGUUAAGGCUGAUGACUUCUAGCCACUUGCCUAUCGCCGCUGUAGGACCAGCUGUUCCUGCAUUUCCAGAUUCUCUAUGACUGUGAGAAACGAAAUAUUCAGCUAGCUUUAAGAACGUCGGUGGUUCUACGUAGGUAACCGUUUUGGCUAGAGGUUUACUCUUUGCCCGUACAUUCGACCACAUAUUCUGGUUUCAGUCAUGAAUAAAAUGCAAAACCUUUGUUUAACAAACAUGGAAUGUGGACGGUCUUGUACGAUAUUUAUUCUUUUCAUUGAGGUUGAUAUGGUUACGGAAAGAUGAAAACCAAUAAAAAUUUAGCUGGAUAGUGCUAUUACUCAAGAAGUGCCAAAGCUAGGUUGAUGAUAUUUUGUAUAUGAUGAUUAUGUAUGUCAUUUUAUUAUUUUCGUCUGUCUGGCUGUUAGCUGUCACUUUGUCAAACCAAAGAAAUCUUGAUCCUGAAGUAAGUAUAAACAUUAGGUUGCUGAUACGUUGCAAUAUACAGAGGGUCGUACAGAUACAACAUUAUACCGGCAAGGCACUGCAACAAUUUUUUAUGUUAUUCUUUUAUAUUUUAUGUGCGUGUGCGCGUGCGUGCGGGCGUGUGUGUGUGUGUGAUAAAAUAAUGCUUAUUAAAUGCUAUUUUUUUCGUGUCGUUGUGUGUGUAUUUGUAAUUUUCAUUAAUAAUUGUAGAUAGGGUGUUCUCUUGCAGUGAUAGUUUGCAAAAACUUCAAUUCUAAAUGGAAAUUCCUUUAAAUUAAAAUAGAUAAGCUUACUUUACAAACGAUUAAAUGCCUUGAACAAGUUAAAGUAAUGAUAAUUUUAAUAACUUUCGUCAGAUCCUUACCCAGGAUAAAAUAAUCUUUGAACGUAACCAUAUAAAAUGUUGAUAUUUCAGCUUCACAUUGAAUUCUGAUAUGUAAAGUGUUAUGCUACUAUGUAGUGGGUAUUAACAUACAGUGUCUCAUAUGUUUGUAUUCAUGAUGAAAUAAAAAAAGCUUUGAAUAAUUAAAAAGAAAAGGAUGAAUGAACUACUUCGAUGAGUAAAGCUGUUUUUUAAGUAUAAGUACACUAUCUAUUCACCUUUUGUAGUGUCUGUUUUAUUAGUAAUUCAUGUACUAAAUCAUGUUUUGUAUUCAAGACCUCAUUAAUAAAACACCAUUCGUAUGUUAAUUGCACAAUUGCGUUGCAAGAUUUGUUUACACAUAAAUAUAACACUAGGAAAUGGGAUUAUUUACUUACAAGAGUUCAUGUGCCUGCCUUCGUCGAUAAAUUGAAUACAUAAGCAAAGCACGGAAAUCACUUAGUUUAAUGAAAAGAAAAUUAUCUAAUUUAAAGGAAAUCUCAAUUAAUUAUACUCGUGAGAAACAAUGCAUGGAAUUUAAAUAAAAAGGAUCUAAAAGGCUUG